AUGCAGCAUGAUAUAACAGCGGUCAUCAGCAGCACCGGUGUUUCUGCUGCUUCACUACAACAUUACAACACACAUGUCAACAACACAUUUACAAGUGUUCAACUACAGCAGGUGGUGAUGAGUGCCCCCUGUGCCCUCCUGACCCUGUCCAGGACCCUGCCCUCCUAUUGCCCCUCGCUGGGGGCCCUCCACAGGGGACUCUCUGUCAGGAGCAUGUCGUCCAAGAGGCAGAGGGAUCACCUCCAGAGGACCGCAGCUCAGCCCAGACACACGGCUCUGUACCCGGCCCAGGUGUGUGGGAUCAGCCAGGAGUCAGAGUCUGUGAAGAGACUCAGGUUAACAGUGCACCCAGACUUCAGCUUCAAGGCAGGACAGUGGGUGGACCUGUUCAUCCCUGGUCUGGCCACUGUCGGGGGCUUCUCCAUGUGCUCCAGCCCAGGCCUGCUGCAGAGAGAGGGGGUCAUCGAGCUGGCCGUCAAGUACACCGAUCACCCCCCGGCUCACUGGCUCCACACGAAGUGCUCUCUGGGCUCUCGGGUGAAGGUGCGAGCAGGAGGAGAAUUCUUCUUCGACCCUGGUCCCUGUGACGUGGCUCUGGACCUGCUGCUGGUGGCUGGAGGAGUGGGCAUCAACCCCUUGUACUCCAUCCUGCUGCACACUGCAGAGCUGCUGCGGCUCAAGCAGGACUCUGUCCGCUCUGUGCAUCUGAGCUUCAGCGCCAAGAGCCCCCAGGAGCUGCUCUUCAAGAGCUCUAUAUCAGAGACGUGCGCCCUCUUCCCCAGCGUCCUGUCCUGUGACUUCCACGUGACCCAGGGGAGCACAGAGCUGGAGCCGCCCAUGAGCCGAGGCCGGAUCAGCAUAGAUGACCUGCGGGCUCACGUGCGUCCUCCGAGCAGCCUGUGUUACUUGUGUGGACCCCCCACCAUGAUCGAGAGCCUGUCCGUCAGCCUGCAAGAGCUAGGACUGCCCCCAGAGCGCGUCCGCUUUGAGAAGUGGUGGUGA